AUGCCUACUGUAUCUUACGAUAACCCCUUCAGCUGGCAAGACGACAAUAUGAACUUGUCAUCAACUGUUACAGUAUCUGAAUAUGAAACUUUUAUGGCAGUAAAUAGAUGGCUACACAGUGUGGCUGUAGCCAUAGGAGGUAUCACAUGUUUAACUUUGUUAUACUUGAUUAUAACAAAGUCAAAGUUAAUAUUAAAAGACUACAAAACUAUGCUACUCAUGUGUUGUCUUUGUGACACUCAAUGUUGGAUUGCCAUUAGCUUGACACAACUAGUAAGAUUUUGAAAUUUUUGGAAAGUUAUAGCAAUUUUACCAUACCAUAGAAAAUUCAGUAAGAUAGUUUAUAUAUUCUCUUACAUUUCAGAAAUUUUUAAUCAAAUUACUGUAAUUUUUAAUCCUUUAUUUUAAAUUUUAAUUUUCAGACCUCAAACAUAAGAGACGGAGUCUUAUUAUUAGUGUGUGAAGGCCCAGUAUCGUACUUAAGUUACCGUUGGCAAUGUGUGUUUAUCGGGUAUUAUGCUUUCAGUAUAUCGAAUGUUAUCACUAUCUUACCAGCCAAUUACUACUAUCGCUAUAACUGCAUUAAUGGGUAUGUUUAGCUAUGUUACAUACGAUUCUUAUUUUACAGGCAAAAGCCAUCGCACUUAACUACUAUAAUAUUGUAUUUGAUAUCAUUGAUAGCUGGUUUUUUUUCUGGCUACACCAGUUAUUUAUCGGCUCUAAAGAGUGGUCAUAACAGAGCUGGGUUUAACUAUGGAAGUAUGUGGUUCAACUACGGACCUAUACCUAAUAUUAUACCACUUGAUUCUGUAAGUUUUAAAAUUCUACUUUAGCUGAGUUUUUUGAUAAUUAAGACUAGAAGUAAACGUAGACUAAGUUUUGACUUGACCAGGAGAAAGCAAUGUUAAUUUUAUAAAAGAAGCUCUUAUUAUAAAGAUCUAAUAGAUUUUGUUUCUUUACCUCGCUUAUAAUAAAGGUUUACCGUAAUAUAACAAUAACAAGUUUCAGAAAAGCGCAUAUACUCAAAUAGCAUCAAUGUGGAUGAUAAAUGGUCUUGGUGGUGCUUACAUUCUGGCACUUUACUAUGGUCGAUUGACUAUGCUUACUAUAAGAGAUAAUCGAGCCUCGUACAGUGGGAAAACGUUAAGACUUGAACAACAGUUGUCUACUGCGUUGUUGUUACAGGUAAAAUACGGUACUUAUAGUUUUGUCAAGAAACUUACAGUAAUGUACUUCACAUUUUUUUAUGAGCUGCGAUAAUGUAUAUUAUUAUAUAUAAUAGUAAAGGUUUAUAAUUUUUACCAUAAAGUUCAAGACAUUACAGUACUUACUAUACAAACUGAAUAAACUAUAAUCAUUCUUAAUUUUAGGCUGUCUUGCCAAUAUUAACAUCAGUCGGCCCUACAGUAACUGUAGCCUCAGCCAUUAUAUUUGGUAUUAACGUAGGAGCGUUUUCAAUCACGGCUUAUGCCACUUUAGCUUGGAUACCUUUGUUCAACCCGCUGGCUACAGUAUUCGCUAUCAAGCCGUACCAAAUGGCACUACUCAAUAUUAUCAAACAACGACCAAGCAUUACAAGUUUUAGCCAUAGCUCGAGCAGUGGUUUACAUUGA